CCUGACCGAGGUACGAUAACAAUUAAUUUACCUGGUUUACCUGAGCCAUUCCCUUCAAGUCUUCAGUAUAUCCUUGGAAAAUAGGUACAAAAGUUUAGUUAUUAUUAGUGGAGGCAUUUUAAGAAUCAGUUUGUGCAAGAAAGAAAACCUGGAAUGGAAAUUAGCCCCAAAAAUAAGGAAAAGAUGUGAUUUUUUAUGUAUAUUUGAAAUCUGUGUUUUAAAAAGGCUCAGGGUGCUUCAGUGCUGCCAGACACACGCACAGCAUCACAGCACAGCGAGGGGAAGCACUGUACUCGAGUCCUGCACAUGAUAAGCAAGAGACGUGCAGGCAUCGAGAAAAAAGGCUAGCUGGCACCCUCCCCGGCUAGCAACCCCCACCUGGCGACGGCAGCGGCGGGGCCAAACACAGGCGAGGGGAGCUGGCGCGCCCUCCACCGCUCACCUGCUGCCUGGGGACGCCCUCACGCCGCCCCAAAACACGCCCCGCUGUGGAGUUGGAGGAGGAGGAGGAGGAGGGAGAGCGUGGCAUGUGAAGAGGAAGGCCGCGGCGGCUCCAGCAGGCUGAGCAAGGCUGGGAGAGGAGCAGCGCAAUGUCAGACUCUGAGGAGGAGGCGGUGGAGCGGCAGGUGAAGAUGGUGCUGGUAGGGGCGCCGCAGGUGGGAAAGACCUCCAUCGCUCUCAGAUACACGCAGGACUCCAUCAACAAGGUGUACCAGGCGUCGAUGGGGGUGGACUUUUAUCUGAAGAGGCUGGUGCUGGGGAACGAGCGGAACGUGAACGUGCAGGUGUGGGACGUGGCGGGGUCAGCGCUGUCCGGCAAGAUGACUGACAAGUACCUGUACGGCGCCCACGCCAUCCUCUUCGUGUACGAUGUCACCUCCACGCCUACCCUGGAGGCGCUGCAGACCUGGGUGGCGACUGUUCGCAAGGCCGCCCGCUCCCAGGAGAGGCCGCCCAUCCAAGCCCUGGUGGCGAACAAGGCAGACUUAGAGCACGCCAGACAGGUGAAGAGUGACCGCCACCACAGGUUCGCCUCCGAGCACGGCAUGAGCUCCUACGUGGUGUCGGCCAAGACCGGCGAGGGCGUGUCACUCACUUUCCAGAAGCUGGCGGCAGAGCUCCUGGGGGUGCGGCUGACGAAGGCGGAGCAAGAGCAGCAGCAGCCUGUGGUCACGGCGGAAAUCGUCACGUUCCAAGAGGCGACACUCCCGAAGGUGCCUGCCGUGGCCACCAGCAGCUCUUCCUCCGUGUGCAGUGUCAUGUAGCAGCUGAUGCCCUCGCCUUCUGGGACACGGACACCAGAGCGCCGCACCCCUCGCCGACACACGGACACACGGACAUGAGGCUGUGGUGCCCUGUGAGGUUACUCGUGAGAUGGACACUAUUAUGAAAUCUUUUCCUCCUUGUGUCGGAUGUGGUGACGGUGUUUGGUGACCAGUGUCCCGGUGAUCAUGAAGUGUCCAAACUCUUAUGCUUUAAUUACCUGAGGCUUUUGUCACGACGCUGUGCUAAGAUUACAAGUGGAGAGCGUCAGUGUUACGUGAAUGGAAUAUCAUACGGAGGCCAAAACACAUAAUAUACAAACAUUAACACAAAACAAACUCCUUAUCUAAUUCGCGGCGCCACGGGGGCUGCGGGCGGUGCCAUCGGCGGCGGCAGUGGCGGCGGUGAUAGCGUGUGCCGCGGAGGCCUGACCCUGAUGAGGAAAGGCGAGUGAGUGACCAGGUGUGUGAGGCCGAGGCGUGUCUCGUCCCGUGCAGGUGUGAGUGUGAGGAAAGCAAGAAGGAUAACGCUCGACAAGCAGGCCGCCCUCCGUUAUUCUUCGCCGCGAUGUUUGAUGUAAUGAAUUCAUCACACUUCCUUUUAUGUCACUAACGAGGAACCUGUCAAAGUACUCGCAGAUUAUCGCUGUGUACUUCACCAAACUCUGAAUUUCGUGUUUACUCGUGUUGUCCUCCUUAUCUGGAACCAUAUGAAUAACUCGAGAUCAGCUGUUUUAUAGUGACUCAAACACCUCGGUCUUCAAGCAGUACAGGGCGUUCCGUAAGGUAUUAAUUCCUCAUGAAAACUUGCCUUCACUUUGAUUACGGUGAGCACGGAGUCUCGCGUAGUGUCGCUGGCUCUCCUGUGCCGACCAGCUGGACAAGGGUGGCGGCGCGGUGAGUCCUCGCGUGGAGGAUAUUUAUUAAAACACACACAACAACGUGCUCGAGUUCUGGCCAGUCCUUGAUCCUAACCAAUUGCUUAAUGCGCGGGCUGGACUGCGAUGUACUGCGUUGCAUCACUUCAGAAUCGUUUGCUUUUCUCCAUAAUCUUUCCCUGCUGCGCCCGUGACUCGAUGCUAAGAUGCUGGGGUGUACUUCCCGCAUCUCACCCAACCGCUGCUCCACUGUAACUAAACCCAGGUGGUGCUGUGAUGCUGUGGUGAUGAUGUGGUAGUGCUGUGCUGUACCGCCCGCCGCUCUCCUGACGUAAUAACCGCCCCCGCCUCGAGCCGUCCACACCCACACCAACACAUCCAAACACUUCCGUCCGCCCGCCAGCACCACGAGGGUCACUCCCCGACUCACCAAACAGGACUGGCGCCGCCCACACUCAUGGCAGCACUUAAGUUCAAAUGUAAUCAGAGGACAUGAGAAGGAGAGGGAGAGAGAAAGAAAGAGAGAGGGAGAGGGAGAGAGAAAAAAUAAGAACAAAAGAACAAGAGAACAGUUUCCACAUGGCCGCUUACGUUCAGUGCCAAGGAAUUAAUGAGUAAAAUUUCCGAGUAAUUACUUCUGUGCCUCCGUCGCUCGCAUUAAGGCGCUGAAAUGGUCUUAUGCUUGACCUCAGCUACUUUCGACAGCUUUUGGUGGAAGUUGUCAAUUUUCAAGAGUGUUUUCAUGAUUCUUGUGAUCGUUUAACACGUUUCAGUGGAAGUUAUCAGUUUUCAAGAGUGCUUUCAUUAUUCCACAGGUCCUUUAAUGGAAGUUAUCGGUUUUUAAGAGUGUUUUCAUGAUUCUUGUGAUUAUUUAACAGGCUCUAGUGGAAGUUAUUAGUUUUCAAGAGUGUUUUCAUGAUUCCAUUGGUCGUUUAACAGGCUCUGGUGCAAGUUAUCAGUUUUCAAGAGUGUUUUCAUGAUUCUAGUGAUAAUCUAACAGGCUCUUGUGCAAGUUGUCAGUUUACAAGAGUGUUUUCAUGAUUCUAGUCAUCAUUUAGCAAGGACUCUGUAUUGUUAAUGAGGAUAAACACCUAAGGAAACCAGACUAGUCAUCUCUGUGGCCUUAGAAAAUAGUCCUGUUGAAAGCCUGAAUUAAGAACACUAACCUAUCAUUCAACACGAACCAGUGACCAAGAUUAUCACUCUCCCCUCCUCCCCUGACACACACACUCAUGCCUCCAUACAAAUGUUCCAGUAAACCCACUCCAUUCCGUCAGUGUCUAGGGGUGAGCGGUGAGCGGCGCCUCUCAGCCUCUCUGUUUAUCCUCCGCCUGCCUCGAUCUCAAACAUGCCAUAACAUAACUUUCUCCAGUUCCCUCUCAGAUUCCAAGCCACUCACCGUUUCCAUUCGCGGCGCUGCAGGUUCCGCCCCUCUCGUUCUCUUAGCGAUGAUUACGUCAACUAUGGCUCCGUUGUGUUGCCUUAAGGAAGAGUUAUACAGUUUUUUGCUUUGGAAGGGACAGCGGAAGAUUUUACGUCCCCUCGCCUUUAAUAACAUGACAAAAACAAUCAUUCCUGAGAGUUUAAAUAUAGCAGGUAGUCGCCUUAAGUUGCUGAGAAAUAGAUCUUUGUAGGGAGUAGAUUAAUAAAAAAAUAUAUUGGU